GAGUGUUUCGCACCAGAUUCUCGCACGCUACACAGCGAAGGCAGGGGUAAUUGGUUCCGGCGUGUGUGGGAUGUGUGUAUCGAGUGCGGAUGGAAAGUAGAAGGACUGUUUGAAAUUGACUGAAAUCCAAGAGGAUGUAUUUGUUUUAAAGGGACAAGAAAGAAGUACUGAGGUUUUAGGACGGUUCGGAAUAUAGGCAUUAACUGUCACGGCACGACCGAGCUACAUAACUACAGGUUAUCGUUGGUGAGAGGGAAGGGAAAGGGAAGGGGAGGGGUUGGACAUGUUAGCAAAGUAGCAAGCUAGCUGGCUAGCUGCCUAAUGCUUGCUGGAAAGCUGCACCACGAAGCGAUUUAAAUACACAUUCAGCACGCUAAAGGGCACAAGUAAAUACAAGUUCAUUCAGCUUGGAUUCUAUAAGUAUUUAGUAGCGAGGCUAUAUUAAAUUGCAUAGCGCAGGGCCCACGUUGCUCAUUCGAGUUUGGGGAUGGCGGCUGCGGUGGGCCCGGCGGAUGCAGCGGAGCUCAUAGACAUCUACGGUGAAGACGAUUUCAAUCAAAACAGUGGCGAGGAUGGAGAAUUUGUGGGAAGAGCCGAGCCGAGUGAUCUCUAUGACGAUGUACUGACAGGCUCCGUAAGUCAAGAUAGGCUGUUGAGGGAGGAGGCCACAUCUUCCAACAAGUCCCAGCCAACCAAACCUGAGAACAAACCUGCUAUACUGUACACUUACAGUGGUGGGCGGAGCAAGAGGCUGGCUGUCUAUGUGGGCAACUUCUCUUGGUGGACCACAGACACUGACCUGAUCAACGUGGCGAACCGGAUCGGGGUGAAGGACAUCCAGGAGAUCAAGUUUGCAGAAAACAGAGCCAACGGCCAGUCCAGAGGGUACGCCGAGGUGGUGGUGUCGUCCGAGUCCUCCCUACAGCGGCUGCUGGAGUCCCUGCCCCACUCCCACAUCAACGGGGAGAAGGUGGACUGCCGCUUCGCCACCCGCCAGAACUUCUCCCUGUUCGAGUCCCAGGCCAAGAAGCGUGUCCCACAGCGCUCCAACUCUCGCGAGUCGGACUUCACCGACGGGCGGCCCCCCGGGUCCUCCCCCGAGCACCCGCCCCUCACCCACCCCCACCCCCACCCCCACCCCCACCCCCACCCUCCCCACCCCCACUCCACUAAGCCCUCCUCCCUGCCCCCGCCCUUCUACGCCCGGCCCCCUCCCUUCGGCGGAGACCUGCCCCCACAUUUCAGCCACCCCCCGCCGCCCAUCCCCCCUCCGCCCCUGCCCCACAUGUACCCCCCGCCGCCGCCCCACAUCCCCAGCCAGCCCGCUCCCACCCUCCACCUAAACCCCGCCUUCUUCCCCCCGGCUCAGGAGAGCUACAGCAGCACAGCCUACAGCCGUAACAGCAGGGACGCCGACGCCCCCACGCCCCCCAUGCCGGAGGGGGAGUACGAAGAGCUGAUGAACAGGAACCGGACCAUCGCCAGCAGCGCCAUCACCAAGGCUGUGACUGGGGCCACUGCAGGAGACUUCCCCCUGGCCAUCGAAACCCUGCUAACGGCCAUCGCCGUCAUCAAGCAGUCGCGCGUCUCCACGGACGAGCGCUGCCGAGCCCUGGUCACGUCUCUGAAGGACUGCCUGUUCUCCAUCGAGAGCAAGUCCUACGGGUCCAGGAAAAGGCACCGCUCCCGGGACAGAGACAGAGAGCGGGACCGGGAUCGGGACAGGGAGCGCGAGCGGGACAGGGAGAGGGAGCGGGAGAGGGAGGGCUCCCACAGCCAGUCCUGGGACAUGGCGGGCGGCGGCGGCGGCGGCGGUGGCGGCGGCGGCGGCGGCGGAGGCGGAGGGGGCGGGGGCGCGUCCCGCAGGCACCGGGACCGCUCGGCCAGCGGGGAGAGGGACCGCAUUCGGGAGAGGGAGAGAGAGCGACACAGAGAGUACAGGGAGCGGCAUCGCUAGCAACCGAAGCAGCGAAAUAGAAGUCAGCUGGAUCACAUGGCAGACGGAGAGGAAAACCCGGAGAGCAGAGAAGAGGUGGAAAGACCGUCUCGGUAUGUCAUUUUAAGCAUGAUAAAAAUAAUUAUCCACGAAAUACACGCAUUUCGUUGCACUGAUGAAAAUACUACAACUGAAAGCCAUUUUGAUUUAGUAGCAAUUCCGCGUAAAUCUUCAACUUUUAGGAUAACUCGCAUUUAAACCCAUCCAGUUCAGCAUCUUAUUCCAUAUAGACUGUUGAAUACCUGUCAACGUUCAUCAAAAUAUUAUAGCACAAAAUAUGAUAGUGUCUGCUACCCACUAGACUCUCUUCUGCCGAACUGUCGAUGUGCUGUUAUGUCCUGCUGUAAACCGAUGUAACUGUUCUGACUCAUGUAUCACCACAUUGAAACACUGCGAUUGUUUCUGUAUACUUCAUUGUCAAGGUCACUUUGUUCCACUUGCUGUUACUGUGCUGUAAGCCUACAGCACUUUUCUAUGGCAUCUUCACAGAAACCUAAACCAGGAAAAUAACAUCUGUAUCUGUGAUGUCCGUCCACAUAUUGGACCAAAUCCAAAUACAGCAGCACAGAUACAAUCACACCACUCCCAAUCAUCAUGGGUAUUCCUUAAUUCUGCUAAGAUUCAUAAAGAUGUCUGAAGUGGUUCAGUACCUACAGUGGAAGAUUGUUAGAUGUAGGAUCUCUUUGGAGUAAAAGAAAGGAUGCUCGUGCAUGAAGUCUGCUGUCAUCCAGUGGACAAGCAGACAUGGAGCCAACCCAAAUUUAGGAAUGUUCCCAAUAUUCCAGGAAGAAAGGAACAUCCAGCUGAUCCGACGUGAGAACCUGCGGCGUCCAGUGGAGGUUUUCAGAAGCAGCCGUGGCCUCCCUCAGACGGAAAUAAAGAGCUCCAAAAACAGCAGAGGAAGAGGGCGGCCGUGAGCCCAGGUUCAGAGGUCGCACCUCGUUAGACGAUCGGUCCGUCCCCCCCCUGACGCUUGACAAAUUGGACUGAGGCACGCAACCAGUGACAGCGAUGUGCCCGUCACAUGGCAAAGGCAGGGGGUGACUCAUGUUCCCGCGUCAAAACAGGCAGCGCACAGCUGGUGCGGAACAGAGCGUAGGUGCAUCUUCUGUGUACAGAUACAGAGCCCUCUGGAUUACCUCUUCUGCACAUGCUCAGAAACCUUGCUACAGACAGUCAACUUCUGAGGAAUAAUACAAUUGUGAUGCUAUAUUUGGAUUGUCAACAGCACGAAUGUUUGGAUCAGAACUCGGUCCCUCCCACAAAGCAGCAUACUUACGAACAGAACCUGAUAGAAAGACCUCGCCAUUGUCACAGCUGCUAUUGGGAUGAUGUUCAGACAUGUACACGAACGGAUUGUCACAAAAUUUUGGCAAAGCAGAGGUGCGAAGGAAAUUGAUUAACAGACACCCACUCCUACGGGUGGCUCUGAUCACUGAUGCACGAGCACUUUUCUAACAUCACGACCCUGUGCUGGAGUCAAGUUCAAGCCAAAGAUAACGACACUAUUUGCAGUGUCAUUCCGAGUCUGAUUCCACAAUUUAACAAAAUUUUUAUAGUCACCAUGGCAGCACACGAAUGUCAACAUUCUAAACUUACUAAAAUAUAACUUGCCAUAAGUCACUAUUUUGAGUUCAGUUUACUUAAGUGAGAAAAUAACAGGCCAAACCAGUAAGGAUAGUCAGACAGAAAAAGACAAAGCAGGUAAAUAAGGUAUGAAAUUACCUUCUCAGAUACUCAGAACACUAUUAGUCCAUUACAUUUUGGGUCAGCAGGCCAAUAAUUAAGCUCUAUAAGAAGGAUCACCCCAUUAAAGUUGACCAUAAGCCUUUGGGGGGACAGAAAGGAAAACUGUGUUCCUGAGGAUACGACUCACAGAAGAGAUUAGUUUUAGGAAGCAAGACCUCAGCCUUUUUGGGAAAUCAGCUAUGCAUAAAAAAAGUUCAAAUGUAAAAAAUAAAAAAAAAACGAAUAUUGCCUUUCAUAAUAAAUCACUCCAAACAAAAACAAAUGGAAGAAAAAUCUUUUAUUCAGAAAACAACCUUACAAAAAUAAUUUAAACUGAAAGUACAGGGUGUGAAUAUCCAUCUGUAGACGUGCUCCCAGCCUGUACACGAUUCUGUAUGCAUCAGUUUGUGAGUACCGGUUGAUGUGACCAGUGACAGUGUGUAUUCAGAGUGCAAGUGUCUUUACAGAUUCCAAAUGACACUCAUUUCUCCAGAGGCGCGUAGUUAAGCAGUUUUUCAAUGAGAUCCACGUGAGCCAGCAGCAUCCUACGACAGCAGUACCUCUUCAAGCCGAGGGCAUCCAGAGCAUCGCUACCAAAGACACAGGAGACCUUAUUAAUGCAGUCGUUAUUACGUGGGUGGGUUAAGACUAAAUAGAGUCGUUUUAUGCGAUCUACUGAAGAAACAGGCAGUGAACUUGAAGCAAUACUGCAGAGUGAGGAAGAGAACACACAAUAUAAUUUGAUAACUUUAAUAUUCUGAUAAAAUAGUGCAUUCAUUAAACACAACUAUCAAUACUAUUAAGAGCACUAUUAAAAGCACCACUAAACCUGGUGCCGUACAGUCGAAAGAGGCGUGCAAUAUUCAUUUGACGUUACUGUGGGUGGGGAGAGGAGUAGACACAGAAGUGUUUUUAACCUUUUUAAUAUUACCAUUACACAGAGAUUAUCGUAUGCAUGUUGUUAGCGUCAAAGAAAACAAAAUGGAAGGGAGCGGCAACUAGCUACUUAACUUGGACAUUAAAAGAACACUAACGUUAAUUUACAAAUGGAAGAUGUGAACCAGCCUGCUAAACGUUAAGUACGCAACACGGGUAGGAGGCUGGGGGCUAAGCUAACUCGAUAGCUACAUUAUUUAGGCGGUUUCUAAGCAAAAAAUAAUGUAGUAAAUAACACAGUUCCUGUGGCAAACUAGCUGACGUUAGUACAACAGUGUUAUAGAAUCAUUCUCACCCUUCUGUGUACUCGGCUUGAAGCAGGCCAAGGUACGCCUCCCACUUGUUUCCUACGAUCUUCCCACAUGUGAAGCACCGAACUGGGAUGAUCAUGGUCGCGGCGCUAAUUCUAAGGUUUCUUUUGAAUUUCAGCAGAGAGAUGAAGCCCGAUGACUGAAUAAUCAGGAAGGAAAUUGGGUAAAUAUUAACGUCUAUAACGGUAAUUAUACAAAAUAUAAUUUAAUUUUUUUAAGUAUUACAUCAGACAGAAAUAAGUCUGCAUUAAAUUAAAACCUGCACGUUUUAGCAACAGAAAAUACGCAAACAGCUAACGCUAACAGAGCCAAUUUAGCUUAAGUUAUUCGACAGGAAUACAAAGAACAAUUUUUACUUUUAAGUAAUGAGCUUAAUACAUAUGUAUAUCUUCCGUUUAACUGCACACUGACAAAUUAUGCAAUUAUGACUAGCUAAAAUGUAUAAAAAUGAAAACGUUCAACACGCUUACCGGUCCUUCCCACACCAACAACUAUCAGGCACAAUUGGUUUGUACCAUUUUAGGUAUAAGGUAUGUACCACCACAUAGAAAAGGUCAAAUAGAUUUUUAAAGUUUUUGUAAAUUGAAACAAUUCAAUUGUAGUUGUGUAAAAUAAAUAAAUAAUGUUAACUUAUUUUUUCGUUUGUAUUUUGGGCAUUUAUUUUUUCAUUCUAAUUUCACUAAGUAAGACGUUACCCCAGCUUUCCCUACUUUUGGAACGUGCAAAGCUACGGUGCUCCAUUUAGGUCUUAUGCGUUUGCUAAUGUUCUGAACGUUACAGUGAUGGCGUCUUUUUGUAGGCCAAUCUUUCCACCAUGGGUUUGCUCGACAGAUUUCCAAUCAUUUUUUUACAUAAGGAUUUCGUUUUCUGGCAAAAAAAGAAGAAAAAAAGGUCUGUGGGUAACGUAUGUCUUGAGACAGUUUCACAUUUUGUUCUGCGAGAUAAAUUUAUGUCCAUUAAUAUCUCAAACAUGAAUUUCGAAGCCGUUAUGUGCUUUAAAACACUAAGUAGCUAACGAGUUGAUAUAUUGAAACUACAAUGGUUGUCGCGUGCAGAUGGGCUAGUAUUGAAACUAGAGUGGUGGUUGUCAAAAUGCGACCAUUGUUGUAGUUUCAAUAUAGCAACUCGUUAGCAACUUAUUUUUUAGAAGCACAUAACAGCUUCUAAAUCCACACUUGAGAUAUUAUUUUAUGUCGUAGGACAAAACGUGAAACUUACUUAGGCUUACGUUCACCACAGACCUUAUUUUCGGAAGGAAACGAAAUCCGCAUGGGGGGGGGGGGGGGGGAAACGUUGGAAACCUGCCGAGAAAAGUUGGGAACCCAUGGCUCAAAAUGCGAACUUACUUCCGGGUUUAACAUUCUAUUGGUCUCUGUAUUGGCACGGUUCAAUAGCAAGUGCUGUCAUCAGAAUGUGUUUAUGAUGAUGAUACCUUAUUUUUCUCUGGGAAAAUGGUAUUUCCUCAGACCAGUGAGCCCCAGAGCCAGUGAUUUGCGAUUUUCAGUGAAUUGUGUCAUACGAAAUCAUCAUAAAUAUGCUCAAAAUGCUGUGUUAAAACAUGACACAUUCACACAUACCAGUGGGAUUGAUUCCUAUCACAGACUGAGAAAUGUAGCAUUUCAAAUAUUCUUUGUUUGAUGUACUACACAAUAAACCAAAGUACAUUUGAUUUGGGAGUCUAAACUACGUCUACAAAUGUUUAUUUUUCCUGAAAAUGUGCAACUCUCAAUGAAUCAUGGCACGAGCCCUAUUACAGGAUGUGUGCUCUGUGAUUGUAACUCACUGAAUCACAGAAUGAGCCCUGUCAUCAGAGGUGGAAAUUCAAGGCUCAGGAAGUAAAACUCUUCAGUAUUUUGUUCCAAUCAUCUGGAUUUGCUAAUUAGCACAAUUGUUCAGCCAGGAGGUAGAACUAAUUAUUAGUGAAAUAAGCUGGCUGAUUCUAUGGGUGGAAGAAACACAUGGCAGGAGUUCUACUUUCUGAGCCAUGGACUUUCCACCUCUGCCUAUCUUGGGCUUUGUGUUCUGAGAUUGUAACUCUCUCACUGAAUCACAGAAAGAGCCCUCUUUUGGGCCAAGUGCUCUGUGAGUGUGUUGGAAUUUCACUGGACUUCGCUUCUCAUUGUGUAACGUUCCAGACUUUUACAGUGAUCCUUGAGCUGUCUCACUGUUUCACUGCCACACCUUUGCAAUGUACCAUUAUUACUGUUUUGUGCCUAACUUGCUUGCCUUGCUGCUAUCCCCUUCACUUUCCUAGUGCUUAUUCUAAUCUCAAAACACAAGUACAUACACGGAUUUAGAUAUAGCAUAGAUAAUCACGCAACACCAGUAUCAACCCAGUAUGUAUUUAUUAGGUUUUCUUAAACUACAUCCAUGACAACAAUAUAAACAAAUGUAUUACUUGAUUUGAUGGAUCUUUAAAUGAUGCUUGGUCUUGACAUGCAAUGAAAUCUCAGGAAUUAGAACCUUUACAACAGACCUAAACCCUUUAGAACAUUUAUUUCUGUCAUGUACCACAGACGCAUCGCAGUGUGUCCUCGGUUGGACAGCUCCAUGGAAUCAUAGAAAGAACAGAGGUACACUGAACUGUCAUAGCUUACUUCCUCCCGAUGGCCCUUUACCUCAGAUCUUGCCCCACUUGUGGUCUCUAGUUGUGUUUAGGAAUGGCAUCUGCUUUGUGAUCUUCGGCAGAUGAAACUGAAAUGGCUGAAUACCCUGCUAUUUUUUUUUACACAGAAAAAGCAGACAGCAAAUGUGAAAUGAAAUGGAAAGAUCUGCUCAAGCCAACUUGCUCAAUUCUAUUGUUAUUCUAAGGAGGCAGGGGGCAGGGAUUAAAAUCAAUGGUUUCCAUGGGCCGUAGCUUGAAUGUGCUCGCAGAAAGCAAGGCAAGCACAACCGACCCCGCUGUGUGAAAUGUUAGAUUCUCAUACCCUGGCACAACCAUGCGAAUGUAAAAAAAAGUGGCAUUUGUUGAGCUAAACAUCAUAAAAUGGAAUAGAGUGUAUCUAUUCCAUUAAACAGAAAACGCUUGAAUAGUUUUCCAAAUGUACUCAUGUCAAUAAAAAAAAAAACAUUUACUGUAAAAAUGUAAAAUCUGAAUUUCUUUUUAGAAAACAGCUGUUUUUGCUUUCUGUGUUUUGCUUCAUGUCCAUUUGCACUGAUUUUCGAUAUUGAUGUUGACAUGUCAACUGAACUGAAAUAUUGCAGGUUUCCAUAAACAGACACAUGAUUGGAAUACGAUUACACUGAUAGUAUUCUCAUUUAACACUUCUUACUUAAUUUACAAUGUUCUUACUUAAUCCAUUAAUAUACAGAAUAACAAUCAUCUUAUGUUUAUGGUCAAGUCAGUCACUUAAUAAACAUAUUCAGCAAUAUUUACAGGCUUAUCUUUGAAGACCAGUACAAAAAAAAGACAAAAUCAAAUGUAAUUUCAUCCCAAUGUCCAUGAUAUUCCACUGAAGCACUUUGAAGCACGAAACCAUGCAUGCACUCAACAGAAAUACACAUAGAAACAACUUGCUCUUACGUCUUGUGUCAUCCACACAGUUAACCACAAAGACAUUUUAGAAUAACAGACUUAGAAGUGAAAGACUAUGGACUGAAAUGAGACAUAUACAUUCCGUAAAAAACAAAAUUAAAAAAUAAAUAUGCAAUUAACAAACAUAAUAUAUCAAUAUUUUAGGAGUUUGCGGAAUCUUGUGGUGGGUUGCGGUAAACAGGAACAAGAUGAUAUUAAAUGAAGGCAUAUGGUGUUGGGGGGGGGGGGGGGGGAG